CUAUAUUUCCUGCCGUCAAGCGGAAGCAUUCAACAGCGAAGUGAAAGUAAAACAGAUACUGGUCGUUUGGAGCCAGAGAGAAAAGGCUGCAUUUCAAAAUAAAUGUUAAAUAAUGUAACGCAGCUAACUCAGGUGUUUCACAGAGCGCGGGACAUGCCUCUUUUGUCGGUUCAUCUUGAAUAACCUGUAGUUAAGAUGGAUGAAACGAUGGACUCUCAGAGAAGUGUGACCGGUGAAGUCAUCCCAGAGGACGUAAACAAUGAUGCACCACAACCAAACUUAACAGAUGGAGAAGAUGAGUCAUUUUGUGGACAGCAGAAGCCUGAUACUGCAAAAGACUCUGCACCAUCAGAGAACACACAGGACGACAUAGCAUCUCAGAAUUCAGUGGACUGUGGGUCUGCAGGAGGGUCGGAUGAAUCUGGCCUUGCCGAGAGCAGCAGAAGUAACGCGGCUCAAACACACUGUUCUAAUGGACAGAAAUGUAAGAGGCCCAGUUCACCUGGUCCCCAUCCUGUUAAAACCACCUGCAUUGAUGUACAGUCUCCAAACCCCAAGCUGACCCUCUGUCUCAGUAUUAGUCCCAGAAAGGGUGUGAGCAAACCCAGUGAUGUGGAGAUGCUGAGUCCUGACAGUCCGGUCUGUAAAACCAUGCUCACCAGCAUCUCUGCAGACAAGGAUCAUGAUGGCGGUGCUUGUGUGGAGGACUCUGGCUCCGCAAAGGCUCAGGAAGUGGAAUCACAGCCGUCUGUCAAAGACUCUGACUCUGGAAUGUCGGCCAAAGAAGGAACCCCACACCUGGUUGCCACGGGGACUGAGGUAGCAGAGUGCAGUGGCUCAUCUGAUAUGAGCCAGGAAUUAAUCAGUAACCAGCCAGGUGAAAGUAUUUCAUUUGCAUUGCAUGGCAUGGACAAAGGAUGGUUGGGGACCUCCAUAGAUGAGCUGAACAGAAUGCCCCAGUGUGCCCCCCCUCUCUCUCACCUGAAAGUAGUGCCUAACCACACUGUCACAAUCCGGACUGAUCUCCUUAGAGAGGGAGAGGUCCCUGUGCCGUAUCCCUCAAAGUUCAAAGAUGCGUGGGAGGAUAUGUCAGUGAAGAUGCCCUGCUCUGAGAAGAACCUGUUUCCUAUGGAGACUGAGGACGGAGGUGUCCAAAGUCGGUGGGAUCUGAUCCACACUUCCUUGCGGGGAGGGUUCAAAAGUUCUCUGGAUGUGAGGGAUGCAAUAUUGAGAUACAACACAACACAUGCAAAGAAAUGGGACUUCACUGCACUGAACCUUCUUUGCACGGAGUAUCUUGAGCACUGCGAGGUACAGCACCUGUUUGAGGCCAUUUUACCUGCCAUGGUUGAACUGGCACUCAGCGCUCCUCGUCUCUGCACAUUGCCAAUUCCCCUGCUGAAGUCAAGGAUGAACCACUCACUGACUCUGUCUCAGGAGCAAAUUGCCUGUCUUUUGGCCAAUGCCUUCUUCUGCACAUUCCCCCGACGCAACUCCCGCAAGUCGGAGUACUGCAAUUAUCCUGAGAUCAACUUCUACAGGUUAUUUGAAGGUUCUUCUUCAAGAAAGAUCGAGAAAUUGAAAACACUGCUGUGUUACUUCAGGAGAGUUUCACAAACCAAGCCCAAGGGUCUUGUUACCUUCACAAGACAAACACUGAACAAUCUUCCAAACUGGGAAAGCUGUCAGACUCAACUGACGCGUCUACACAUCACCUGUGAGGGGACGAUUGAGGACAACGGAUACGGGAUGCUGCAGGUGGACUUUGCAAAUAGGUUUGUCGGUGGAGGAGUAACGGGACAUGGACUGGUGCAGGAAGAAAUCAGGUUCCUCAUCAACUCUGAACUAAUCGUCUCUCGUCUUUUUACUGAAUGUCUGGAGCCCAAUGAAUGCCUCAUCAUAACAGGCACUGAACAGUACAGCAAAUAUUCUGGUUAUGCUGAGAGUUACAAGUGGAAGGAGAGCUACAAGGAUGAAACGCCCAGGGACGACUGGCAGAGACGAUGCACAGAGAUCGUGGCCAUUGAUGCUCUUAGAUACAGAAAUUUCUUUGAGCAGUUUCUCCCAGAGAAGAUGACCAGAGAGCUCAACAAGGCGUAUUGUGGAUUCUUCAGAAAUCACGCCAACAAGCGGCCCCUUUCUGCAGUCGCCACGGGCAACUGGGGUUGUGGAGCUUUUGGUGGAGACACACGACUCAAAGCACUGAUUCAGUUGAUGGCUGCGGCAGAGGCCGGUCGAGACGUGGCUUACUUCACAUUCGGUGACGCUCAGCUCAUGAGAGACGUCAACGAAAUGCACACGUUCCUCACCGAGAAACAAGUCACCGUUGGACGGCUUUACAGCCUUUUGAACCAGUACUCGAGCGUGGUGUGUAAGAGCUGCCGCACGCCUCGGCCUGACGUCAGUCUCUACAGUUUCAUCCACAAGAAGGUCUCCUCUCCAGCAACAGCCGACGCCUCAGACACAGACAGAAUUCUGGGAUGUCGCCUGUAACGUCAGACUUUCAUUAACAUGGGGAGAGGUGACUCAUCCUCCCUCCACCUGUCUCUUUGCAAAACAGAGACUCCAGGUUCAAAGACCUCAAUGUGCUCUCAGUGUUGUGCUCACAAUCACUUUUUUCUCUCACACACACACACACACACACACACACACACACACACACACACACACACACACACACACACACACACACACACACACACAAACACACACUCUCCAUUUUAAAUUUUCGAUCCUAACAUACAAACUACCGAAACACAGUUUUGCCUUUCUCGCUGAUGGUGUUAUAGGAGACUCCGGAUGUGGUGAAAUGUUUCAGAGACUUAUAGCAAUAGUAAAUCCUGGUUGCUGUUAGGCCUUUCUCUAGACUAAAUGUGAUGUGGAGUUCUUUAGUUUUUACACACUUAUUACAAAUAUGGCCAAAUAGUCAUCAUAUGCAUGGUUGUGGACACUUUUCACUACGGAUAAUCCUGGUUAUCUCGUCUUAUAUUGUGUUUGCUAAUCUUUUUUGAAUUAGUCAUUUUCUCGAUUUUACCAUACCCAGGCUGUGGUGAGGUUCCUAAAUCCAGAGAGAUGAUGAGAUGCCAUACUGUAGUCUAUGCAUGGGUCACAUUUAUGUAUCAAGUAUUCUACAAACAUAUGCUGCUCUUUUCGAUCCUCUAGGGAUGUCGAAGUUCAACACACAUAUGGUCCUUCAGGUUUCUAUCAAUACAAAUGAAAAUUAUCAAUAAAACGGUCCCUAGUAUGAGAAUCAUUUCAGACAGUGGAUUAUAUUCUGAUUGAUGUAAUCGAGUGGGGACCGAGAUCAGUCCUCACUCUAUGUUCCGUGUGAAGCACAGUAUUGAUACUGCAUUAAAAACAAAUAAAGAGGGGAGCAGAUAAAGAAUGAAUUGCACGCAAAAUAUUAUUUUUGUCAAUGUUUUAACCCAACAUUUACUUUGGGAAUGUGAUUGUUUUUUAUUAUUAUUAUUAUUAUUAUUAUUAUCAUUAUCAAUAUUCACAGUAUUUCCUGAUUUACAAUGGAUUCUGUUUAAUUAUGGAUACACAGAUUUAAGACUGUAAAUGUAUUGAAUAGUACUGUAUGCUAGGUUUUUAGGUUGUACUAUUUUUAUUAUAAUUUCUUAAUUAAAGUAUAUACUGUUCAAA